AUGUUUGCCGACAUACAAAAGACUCCAACAUCAGAUGAAAAUAUCCAGCAUAGAAUGGAAGAACUGAAAAAAAAUGUACACAAAUACAACAACCCUUUUUACUUACGAGCAUUUAACGUUCAAUCUUCGGAUGAACUCGGUGAAGAUAAAAGGUUAAAUUUCAAGAAAACAUAUAGAAAUGAAACAUUGUUUAAAGUUCAUUCAGAACCUAACCAAGAUGGAAACAAACCUACUUUUGUUUCUGCAGACGAUGGAACUACAAUGAGAUGGGGUCAUAAAGCUAAUCCAGAUAGGUGGUUCAUAAACUUACAACCACAAUUCCAAGAAGUUGUAGACGCAAUGGAAGUCAAUGGUGAACCAGAUAUAGCUGGUAUUUUAAGCGCGGCUUUAAUGCCAUUGAAAGAUAUGAAAGAUGCAGAUAUUUUGGACCAGUAUGAAAUGAACAUGGCUGAUGGAAAUAUAACACCUGACGUUCUAGAACAUUUAUCUCAAAGAACUACACAGAACCAUAGAGAUGGUAUAUUUGGCGAAGAGUUUAGAAAGAAAGUUAUGGACAGCGAAGGAAGAGAACCUAUUGUACAUGACCUUGCAAACGAAAGUUUACAAAAUGUCAUAAAAACUUACUUUGCAGACAAUGAACCGAGAAGGGAUGAAUAUUUAAGAAAACUCAAAUGGACAGUACCAAAUGAAAUGUUAGUAUUGAAAAACAUGUUCCUUGACAAAAUAAAACCAACUACAGAAAUAAACGACGCAAGACUGAAAGAUUGGGUAAAAGCUUUCCCAUUCACAAAAGAUAUUGUUGGUAACAUGGAAAGAAAACCAGAAUGGCUACAAAAACAUAUAUUUGGAAACGAGCAUAUUCCAUAUGGACAGGCACU